AGUAGCUAGCUUCCUCUGACAGCUGGCGCUAGUAACGUCAACAGCGAGAAGGACCCCGCCGAGGCAGCUCGUGAGAAGAAACACACCGCGAAGCAAUUCAUUUAAAUUAACAACAUUUCGUUUGCUUUGGGUAUUAUUAUAGUGUUUCUCUGCAGGCGGCGUCAGGCCAAGUUUGGACGCUACACAAGGAGUAAACAUGGAACGAGUCUCGGCGGCGCAGUGAAAUAAGAAUUCAAUCGUUCUCAUAAUAGCUGAGAUGGACCGAUUUUCGUGGUCUAAUGGACUCUUGGAAAUAAACGAAACGUUGGUGAUCCAGCAACGAGGUGUGAGGCUCUAUGACGGCGACGACAAGGCCAAGCUGGAUGUUGGAGUCGCCCUGUUGAGCACCCAUCGGUUGAUCUGGAGGGACGUUAAAAAUCAUGAAUGCUGCAUAGCCAUGCCCCUGUCACAGAUCAUCUUCUUUGAGGAGCAGGCUGCAGGAAUAGGAAAGAGUGCAAAAAUAGUUAUUCACCUGUAUCCAGUACCUGCCAACAAGGAGCCAGGUCCCUACCAACACAGCAAGUACCCCUACAUCAAGCUGUCCUUCAAAGAACAUGGGCAGAUUGAGUUUUACAGGAGGCUAACAGAAGAGAUGACUCAGAAGAGAUGGGAGAGCACAUCACUCUCACAACCCAUCCCCACAGGAACCAGCCCUCAGACAGGAAAGACACAUGCGGUGGGGAUUAUUGGCAUCGAGAGGAAGAUAGAGCAGAAGAGGAAAGAAACAGACAAAAACAUUUCAGAGGCCUUUGAGGACCUCAGCAAGCUGAUGGUGAAGGCCAAAGAGAUGGUGGAGCUGUCCAGGUCUAUAGCCAACAAGAUCAAAGACAAGCAGGGAGACAUAACAGAAGAUGAGACAAUCCGGUUCAAGUCCUACCUACUGAGCAUGGGUAUCGCUGACCCUGUUACCAGGGAAACACAUGGAUCAGGCACACAUUACCACCUGCAGCUGGCUAAGCAACUGGGAGACAUGCUACAGGCCCCUCUCGAAGAGCGCGGGGGAAUGAUGGCUCUCACUGAGGUGUACUGUCUCGUCAACCGUGCCAGAGGGAUGGAGCUUUUAUCUCCAGAAGAUUUGGUAAACGCCUGCAAGAUGUUUGAGUCGUUGAAGCUCCCACUGAGGCUGCGUGUGUUUGACAGUGGUGUGAUGGUGGUCCAGCUGCAGUCUCACAGCGAAGAGGAGAUGAUAGCCUCUGCACUGGACAACGUGUCAGACAAAGGUUCACUAACGGCAGAGGAGUUUGCAAAGCUCUUGGGACUCUCUGUUCUUCUGUCUAAAGAGCGGUUGCUGCUGGCUGAGAAGAUGGGCCACCUGUGUAGAGAUGACUCUGUGGAGGGGUUGAGAUUCUACCCAAACCUCUUUUGACCAGUUUAAGAACAUUAUUGUUAAGAUAAAGAAAAAACUUUAUCUUAAACUGGGCUGCACUGUCUCGCCUGACUGAUCCAUCAAAACAAUCUUCUGACCUCUGCAUGUUUAUACUGGUGUAAAGCUUUAGAGCACCUGCUGUUCUUUGUGCUAUCCAGUCUAGUUAUGACUAUUGAACAGUCGGUAUCCUGGUAGUGAUACACCUAAAUCCAUUGUAGGUUCCACCAGCUUUUUUCUAUUUAGCUCUAAAUGCAAAGCUCUUAUCUUUUACAUGUAUCUGCAAUACUGUAUAUGCAGCAAAAUUUCCCCCAGAUAUUAAUAAACAGGUUUGAGAAAUUUACUUAUGAGGAUAUACAUAUACACUUUAAGUUUGACUUUCACUAAUAACAUUAUCAUGUGUCACACAGCUUAUACAUUUUUACAAGUUGUGUUUCUGUUAUUAAAAAGCCAGUCACUUAACAAAUUUUCCAUUUUUUUAAAUAAAUGAUUAAGGAACAAAGUUUCCCCUGUUGUAUUAACUUCAGAGGAAGGGAAAAACA